UUGUGAUGCAUCUCUGGCAAGUGUCAGCAAUAUCAGCUGUGGUCUCAGAAGCUGAACCGCUCUCCAAUUUCUGUAUAGUAAAUUUUGGGUUGAUUUAGUUGCAGGUUUUUCUUUUUUUCUUUUCCUUCUAUGUGAAGUCAAGAAAUGCAUCUUCAUCUAUUCUCUGCCACCACUCUUUCUUCCUCUGGAAAAGGAAAAGAAGAUGAAAUAAAGAAGAAAGAAUGGUCACCACCACCUUGCAUAGAGCUGUCUUUAGGCUAUGGAAGUUCAAGCCAUGUGGUUGAGGAAGAAGAAAACCAUACCAAAUCCUCCAACUCUGUGUUCACAGCAGCUCAGUUUCAAGAACUCCAACUCCAAACUGUGAUUUUUAAGUAUAUAGUUUCUGGUCUUCCAGUUCCUUUUCAUCUGUUUUUCAUCAUUUGGAAUAGUGUUUCAAGCUCCUUGGGUGAAGGUGGAAUCUACAAGCUAUACCCUACCUUGGGACGAUUUGAUUAUUCGAGCAUGACGGAUCCUGAACCAGGGAGGUGUAGAAGAACUGAUGGGAAGAAAUGGAGGUGCAAAAGGGAUGUGAUUCCAGGUCAGAAGUACUGCGGGCAGCACGUGCAUCGGGGUCGGCGUUCAAGAAAGUCUGUGGAACCUUCUGAAUAUGUUAUGAGAUCAGAUGAUGCAAGUAUCAGUUCCAAGAGAUCUAAACUGUAUGCUAGUUCUGAUGACCCUGGCAGCAAAUGUGCUCCUGCAAGUAGUAAGACUUCCUGUUUGUCUUCUACUAGCAGAGGUUACCAAUAUAACAGUAUCGAGGACUCAUCUGCUAAACCAAGAUUCAUUAAUUCCGGCAACGGCAGUGAGAAGCAAGACAGCCACAUGACUUGCAAUAGAAAGGACACCGCAACUUGCGUAAGAACCCCAUCUUUCAUUGCUAGUGAUAAUGCUGAUAGCAAGAACAUUGUUUUCAAUCGUAUCAGUCCCAGCAAAAUCAACCAAAAACAGAAUUGCGGAGAUGCUAGGAAUGAUGGUGCUUUGGUUCCAAUUUUUGGUAUAUCUACAAAGAGUGAUCUGCCACACACUACAGGCUCAGAAAUUGAACAACAAAGGUGCAGAAGAUCGGAUGGUAAGAAAUGGAGAUGCCGCAAGACUGUUGUUCCUUGUCAAAAGUACUGUGAGACUCACAUGCACAGGGGAGCCAACAGAAAAAGGGUAGCCUCAGUCUCGGUUGUUGUCCCGAAACCUUCCCCAUACAGGUUUUGCCCACCCAAAAAUGAUGGUACUGGAAGAAACUUGAACACCAGUCUCUCCAUUUUCACAAUCCCAGGCCGUCAAAACAUUACAGAUGAUGAUUCUAACAGUAACAGUAUUAGUGAUGCCACCACCAUCACCGAUGAAAUACAAGCCUUUGUGUCGCAUUAGUUGAAAAUCACGGAGAAUUUGUGAUGUUAGUGUUGUUCUUUUUGGCAAGAUGUUUGAACUUGGAGAGUUGAGAAGUGUCCAUCAAGGUGAUUUUGUGGUCAUGUACAAGUCCUUAGCUAGUUUGUAAAUCUUUUAGGAUUGAAAAUUCUGUUUUGUAAUAGGUUUGAUGGGAUCAGAUAGACAUGUACUUUUUCAUAUACCUAUGGGCUAAUUGAUGACUAUUUUUGUUACAAAAAAAUGCUGCUAA